UCAACCCGAACCCGAUUCCCAGGAAAUUUGACGGCACAUUCUUAUUUCGAUUUUCCCUCUUCCCUUCAGAAAUAAAAGGGAAAAUUUUUUAGCUGCCAAAAACAACCUUUUCUGCACCUUACAAUUUUCAGUUCCUGCUAGUUUGUGUUUGUGUAAAUACGUACAUCCACAGAAUUAGGGUUAGGGUUAGGGUUCCGAGCUUUGAUUUGGGUUUGGUGAUCAACGCUGGAAGCGUGAUCAUGUACGCUGAUCGGGAAGAGGCACUAAGUCGGACGUCUAUAAAAGAAAGGCUGAAGCGCAAUGCUGCUGAUGAUUCUGCUCGCCGGAGACUAAUUUCCGGCAAGAGGCAUAGAGAAGACUAUGACAAAUGGGUGCAUGACCUUUAUGAGCCUGGUGAACUUCAAGGAUCAAAUCAGAGAAUUGGUACAAAGGAUCUUCGUCUCAAACUUCAACGUAGAAGAAGUAUUCAACAAGCUACUCAAAUAAUAAAGAGCUCUUUAUCUGGAGGCACGAGGGAUCUGCGGGAAAAGCUCUCUGGUACUGUAUACUCGCAAACAAUGCAAAUUGGUGCCCCCCCCAAAAAGCUAAAGACAAUUCCUGAAGUCAGCAAACCUUCCAAGAGAAGUGUCGUAGCUGAAGCUCCUGCCUCGGAGACGAAAAACAUUGCCAGCAAAGUUUCUAAGAAGAAGUCCCAGCAGAAGGUUGAAUCAGUAGAUAGUUUUCUACUAUCAUUGGGUCUUGAGAAGUAUGCAGUUACAUUUCAAGCUGAAGAAGUUGAUAUGGCUGCUCUUUUACACAUGACAGAUGAAGAUCUUAAAGCUAUGGGAAUACCAAUGGGUCCAAGGAAGAAGAUACUUUUAGCAUUGGAAUCUAAAGUUUGAGAAUUUAGGUUACAUCUUCCUCUGCUAGCUAGCUUUGUACAAGUCUCUUAGAUUUUUUUCCAUUUCCUUUUUGGGGUUUUAUCACUCAAUGUGGUUAACUCUGCUCACUAACUGUAACUAAUCUGAAUAUCGAUUCAUGAGCUCGACCUUAAUGGUAUUUAAUUAAUUUGCCUAGCAUGUAA